GUGGCUGCAUAUCCGCCACGGUGGUGCGACGUUCAGGUGUCCUGCGCGGGUCUGGCUAUGCCGACACGGGCGGAGGACUACGAGGUGUUGUACACCAUUGGCACGGGCUCCUACGGCCGCUGCCAGAAGAUCCGGAGGAAGAGCGAUGGCAAGAUCUUAGUUUGGAAGGAACUGGACUAUGGCUCCAUGACAGAAGCUGAGAAACACAUGCUUGUUUCUGAAGUAAAUUUACUUCGUGAGCUGAAGCAUCCAAAUAUCGUCCGAUACUAUGAUAGAAUUAUUGACCGAACCAACACAACACUGUACAUUGUAAUGGAAUAUUGUGAAGGAGGGGACCUGGCUAGUGCAAUUACAAAGGGGACCAAGGAAAGACAAUACUUGGAUGAAGAGUUUGUUCUUCGAGUGAUGACUCAGUUGACUCUGGCCCUAAAGGAAUGUCACAGACGAAGUGAUGGUGGUCAUACUGUGCUGCAUCGGGAUCUGAAACCAGCCAAUGUUUUCCUGGAUGGCAAGCAAAACGUUAAGCUUGGAGACUUUGGGUUAGCUAGGAUAUUAAACCACGAUACGAGCUUUGCAAAAACAUUUGUUGGCACACCUUAUUAUAUGUCUCCUGAACAAAUGAAUCACAUGUCCUACAAUGAGAAGUCAGAUAUCUGGUCACUAGGUUGCUUGCUGUAUGAACUGUGUGCAUUAAUGCCUCCAUUUACAGCUUUCAACCAGAAAGAACUAGCUGGGAAGAUCAGAGAAGGCAAAUUCAGGCGAAUUCCAUAUCGUUACUCUGAUGAAUUAAAUGACAUUAUUACAAGGAUGUUAAAUUUAAAGGAUUACCAUCGACCUUCUGUUGAAGAAAUUCUUGAGAAUCCUUUGAUAGCAGACUUGGUUGCAGAAGAGCAAAGGAGAAAUCCUGAGAGAAGAGGGCGGCGAUUAGGAGAACCAGGAAAGUUGCAGGACUCCAGCCCUGUACUGAGUGAGCUGAAACUGAAGGAAAUACAGUUACAGGAGCGGGAGCGAGCCCUCAGAGCAAGGGAAGAAAACCUGGAGCAGAAGGAACGUGAGCUUUGUGUUCGUGAGAGACUGGCAGAGAACAAGCUGGCCAGAGCAGAAAGUCUGUUGAGGAAUUACAGCCUGCUGAAGGACCAGAAGUUCCUGUCUCUGGCGGGUGGUCCAGAACUUUUUGAUCUUACAUCCUCGAUAACGAAGAAGAAAGUUCAUUUCAGUGGGGAGAGUAAGGAGAAUGUCAUGAGGAGUGAGAAUUCUGAGAAUCAGCUCACCUUCAAAUCCAAGUGCAAGGACCUGAAAAAAAGGCUUCAUGCUGCUCAGCUUCGCGCUCAAGCCCUGUCAGACAUUGAGAAAACUUACCAACUGAAAAGCAGGCAGAUCCUGGGCAUGCGCUAGCCUGACCCAGAGACACAGACCUGUGUACAGUGUUUAAUGUUGCCAGCCCUUUCACGAUGGGUAUUCUACUGCUGUAGCCUGUAUACUUGGUUCUGCGAGCCGUGUCUUUUCUGUAGUAAGCAGGGUGGUUUGGUAUUACUCUUGCUGUUUUUCUGCAAGAAUUGUACCAAUGGGGCUUCCCUGGUGGCGCAGUGGUUGAGAGUCCACCUGCUGAUGCAGGGGACGCGGGUUCAUGCCCCGGUCCGGGAAGAUCCCACGGCUGGGCCCGUGAGCCAUGGCCGCUAAGCCUGCGCAUCCGGAGCCUGUGCUCCACAGCAGGAGAGGCCACAACACUGAGAGGCCCGCGUACUGCAAAAAAAAAAAAAAAAAGGUAUUGUAAAGAACGCUUCAUAGAAAGAAGAACGCUUUCUUGGCCAGUUGGGUUUUUAAUCCUGUGUGUGAUUACUACUGGAACAUGACAUGUUAUAUUCUAUAUGUUGGGGUGGGGAAAUAAUAUUAGAAAAAGAUAUUUACCCAGGAGCAGCACUUAGAAGUUUUAAGGGACCGAAGUGGUGUGCUUACAAUUGUCACGUCUAGAGUUAAAAUUUAAGUCUGAGGCUUUAAAUGUUCUUGAGCUUAGAGAAAACCUAAUUGGAUAUAGAUUGGUCACUAAUACCUUGACAUCUCGCUUAUAAAUAUCCCCUUGCUCUGUAGUUUAAAUCUGUCACCUUUUGUGGAAAUCCAUCACUAUGA